AUGUGUAACGUAUCAUUUGCCAUAGUCUCCUCACACGCUACAUAUUCUGCACUUAUGGUUGAACGUGUUUAUGUGAAAAAUUAUCAGUUGAAGUGCAAGGGCCUAUCCCAGAAAGGAACAGCUAGAUGGGAAGAUGGUAGCCAAGGAGUCCUGACGCAGCGCAGCUCUCCUUCUGGACGGUCUUGGCGCGCUCACAGACCACUUGAAACACAAUCAAGCGGUCUAAAACGCAGAGUUGUCGUGAUGUUCAUGUUGGAAGAGAAGCUAUGCAAUAGCAGCAUCCUUAACAGAAUAUCCUAUCUUACUGUCCCAGUUUGGCGCUUUAUAUAUGCUUCACUUAGCGUUUGCGCACGAGAUGAUGGGGCAAAUACCUUUCCCAUACUCAAUGAAGUUUCCAUGCUCCAGCACUUGAAGAAAUGUGCUGCUGCUGAAGAUUACCCUGGAUUGCUCGUUACACGUCUUGCGGAUGAUAUCUUUGAGAUUAACAUGCUAUCUGGUCCCCAUUAUUGUACUCUUGAGCUGAUGGAAGGCAGAAAUCCUUUUGAUCCCAUUAAUCACGUUCACAACCAGUAUGUCCUUCCGCUGGCAUUGGCACAGCGUAUUGCAUAUCUUGGGCCUCCAACCCUUACACUGAUCCAACAGAGCCCCAUCUUUUUGACGUAUUUGGGCAAAUAUGGUUGUGCUUCAAGCUUAUCCAUCCAUGCGCAAACCUCUGAGGAUCAAUAUAGAGAAGCGCACAAGCAGAUAAAGAGAGCACAUUGA